GCAAUACCAAAGCCACAGCCAAACACAAGAAAAGGCAAUGGAGAGAAACAAUCAAAAGAAGCAUUUCGUUCUAAUCCAUGGUGCUUGUCAUGGGGCUUGGUGUUGGUAUAAGCUUGAGACAUUGCUAACUUCAGCUGGUCACUCUGUAACAUCACUGGACCUUGCAGCUUCAGGGAUCAACCCAAAGCAAGUAGAAGACCUCCACUCCAUUGCUGACUAUUAUGAGCCCUUAAUGGCUUUCAUGGCAUCUCUCCCUCAAGAUGAGAAAGUGAUUCUGGUUGGGCACAGCUAUAAUGGAUUGAGCAUUUCUGUUGCCAUGGAGAAGUUCCCUGAGAAAAUAUCUGUAGCUGUUUUCAUCUCUGCUAUCAUGCCCAGUCCCACCAAUAGUGUUGUUAAGAUUGAGGAAGAGUAUGAAAGGAAGGCCAAGGCAGGUAUUCAACGAACAUUCUUGUUUGAAAUCCUUCCAAACAUGGAGCAAUUAGAAAAGCAAUAUGAAAAAAGCCCACCUGAGGAUCUGACUCUUGUAACCAAGCUUGUGAGGCCCAUAGGUUUCUAUGGGAUUAUAGAUAUGUUAAAGGAAACAGCAGUUUCGGAAGAGAAAUAUGGAUCAGUUAGCCGAGUGUUCGUGUUAUGUGAUGAAGAUGAUUUUAUGAAGGCUUUUAUGAUGUGUAUGGUCGCACUAAGCCCACCUGAUAAGGUGAAGGAGAUCCCUGGUUCAGAUCACAUGGUCAUGAUCUCUAAGCCCCAGGAGCUGUGCACCUAUCUCCAGGAGAUUGCCAAUAGAUAUUCUUGAUUUUUCU